CCAGUCAUCCUGACGUUACCGUUCAGUUCUCGAAACCGUGUCGAUCGAUUAGGAGGUGUUCAGUGAUCUCCCGGCAAUAUAUCAAUUGACGUCCCGGUCGCCGCCGAUCUCUUGAUCACUCUUUUCGUCCUCCACGUGUCACGUUCGGUCGAGCACCAUGUCGAGCGAAUUUCUCGGGAAACGUUACAAGCUCUUCAGCAGCGAGAAUUUCGACGAGUUCAUGAAGGCGCUCGGCGUGGGUAUGGUGACGCGCAAAAUGGGUAGCAGCGUCAGUCCCGUCGUCGAAUUGACGGAGAAAGACGGAGUGUACACUCUGAAGACAUCUAGCGCUUUCAAAAAUACCGAAAUAAAGUUCAAACUUGGCGAGGAGUUUGACGAGGAGACCGUAGACGGCAGGAAGGUGAAGAGCGUCUGUACUCUGGAGGGUAACAAACUCGUACAGGUGCAAAAAGGCGAGAAGGGCACUACGAUCGAGAGGGAAUUCGGGUCUACGGAGAUGAAAGCGAUCAUGAAGGUCGAUGACAUAGUCUGCACAAGGGUAUACAAACUUCAGGAAUAAAGAGGCCAGUACCAAAGCUGAAAGCGUGCACAACUUCACACAGGUGCUUCAAAAGUAGCUUCUGAAAACGUGUAAAUUAUCGUUUGAAAUCCUCGCUUGAGCGUGAAUAAGGUACCCAGUUAUAAAAUGUAGUAUAUCUAAAAAACAUCUUUUAGAUAUAUACGUCUAAGAGAUUCCUAAGAUAUCUUUUAGACAUGUCUGGGUAUAUCACGCUGCUACGAUAUUGGACUGUAUGUAUAAGCUAAUUGUAACUCGUGUUGAAAUGUAACUCAAAGAGAUUAUAGAACUUACAUUUUUUACGGAGUUAAAACUCACAUAUUUACAUGCGUUCGUAAAAAGGAUGUAUCGAAUGAUAAUCGAAGUAUAAAUUGAUCCAUUCUGUUGUGCACAUUUUCUAUUUAUGUAUAGCGUGUAUUACGUAAUAAAAUAUGUAAUAUUGUCAGCGAAUUAUGUUCCACGUACAGCGAUCGCUGUACUACUUAUUCUAUGAAUUUGCUUUUUUCUACGAAUAAUAAUGUCUAAUGAAAAUA